GUUAAUUCAUAACAAGGCUCCAAUCAAUCACUGUUCUCAAUAUUUGAUUUCAGUAUGUUGCAUCGGAUCUCUAGUCAUGUCGGCUUUUAACAUGUGGCACUCUUACGCUGUCAAAAAGACUUUCAAGCAAUCGUCGCUAUAUGAGGCUUUUCGACCUAUAUUCUCGAGCGUUGCAUUGUUUGCAAUCUCCUUAACAUGGGCUGCGCUUUCUCCAACAGACGUUUGUUCACAAGAUCCGCGAUGCCGCCUGAUUAUUGCACAAAUGUCUAAUCACCGAUGUGAAGUUAUGAACAUGCUUUUGGUGCUCUACGCAAUGUUUGCGGUGAACUCAUAUGGUCAUUCAACAAUUUACUUAGGAUUGUCUUUCGUGAUGCCAUAUAUGGAGCUUGUCUUUCUUCGAAUAAUGUGUUUCCUUGUUGUUGUCCUUCAUGUACACUAUGGUGUUUGUGUGGAUACGGUCACUUCUCCUAUUUCCUAUUUCACUCCCAUCUCUUUCGAGAAGGAACUUAUGCAAAUUAACGUUCGUCAGCUGUGUGCUCACUUCAAGAUUCAUGCAUUGGAUAAUACAUUACUAGAAUAGUC